CCUUUGUAUUUUACGGCUUGUUUUGAGUUGAGUUGAGUUGGACGGAGAACAUUAAGCGAAGCUAAACGGUCCUUUUAAAACGUUUUUAAGGUUUUAUUUAAGCAAGGGCCCUCACAAUUAGCGUAUUCGCCAUGGAAAUUCACGCUUUGCGCAAUGCAAACAACCCUGUUUUUAUCGGUGGCAAAGGCGGCCCUGUAAACGGCGCAGCGAGGAGGGCCGUGUUUGGCGAACUGUCCAACUUUAACGUUACCCACAAACCAGUUCAGACUAAGAAGGUUCAGCCCGUGCUGCCUGUAAAACCAAUUGCUGUUGCGCAACCCAAACGUUCCCAUGUACAGCACGAGAUCCCCCAGCCUGCCCCAGCGUUGCCCCCUGCUCAAGCUGAUGUGAGCAUGAAGGUAGAGGAGCUCUGUCAAGCCUUUUCUAACACUCUCUUUCCAGUCGAAGACAUCGAUGAAGGGGAUGCUGACAUGCCUCAGCUGUGUCCUGAAUAUGUGAAGGACAUCUAUGCGUAUCUGCGAAGCCUUGAGAGUAAGCAGUCUGUUCGUCCUCUUUACAUGCGUGGCUAUGAUAUCAAUGGACGGAUGCGCGCUCUCCUGGUUGACUGGCUGAUUCAGGUGCACUCAAGAUUUCAACUCCUGCAGGAAACCUUGUACAUGACCGUAGCCAUCCUUGAUCGCUUUCUCCAGGUCCAGCCUGUGACCCGUAAGAAGCUUCAGCUAGUGGGUGUUACCGCAAUGCUGAUUGCUUGUAAAUACGAGGAAAUGUAUGUGCCGAUGGUUGGGGACUUUGCCUACAUUGUGGACGAUGCCUUCACAAAAGCUCAGAUCCGAGAGAUGGAGAUUCUGUUUAAACAAUGGAGUAAGUUCAGUGCCGUGUUUUACAGAGCUACACGUGAAACCGGAGAUGAAGAAUGA